GUUUUGGGCGUACUAGUGGACUUCUUGACGACACUCGCUGUUCGCCGAACGCCCCGACCCGUCGCGCAGUUUAUGAUGGUUGGUAAUGGCCAUCGGCCGAUGUGCCCGGGUAUAGUUGUGCUCCUCAGCGGGAUUAGUCUCUUGUGUUUCGCUGACCACUGGUCAUUCUGCUCAGGACUGCAUAUAGACUACUUCUACCCCUUCAACACCUCCACGGACCAGACGACGGAGAAGAAAGACGAUGGUGGCUCUAAACAGAUCAACAUAAGCACAACUUUCCACUUCUUUAACAAGGCCUACAAUACAGUCUACGUGAGUAACAAUGGAAUUAUCUCCUUCAACAAGGAGUUCAGCGACCGCUAUCAGCCUGUGAGUUUUCCCAUCAACGGCACCGCCCUCGUAGCACCCUUCUGGGCGGAUGUUGACAUUGAGAAAGUGCCCGGGGGACACGUAUGGUAUGGGGAGAGCACUCGUAUGGACAUUCUGGAGCGAGCAUCGUGUGACAUUCGCACUCACCAUCCUGAGUACCCGAAUUUCCAGGCCACGUGGGUGUUUGUAUGCACCUGGUAUAGGGUGGGAUAUUACGGUGCUAAAGGGGACGGCAGAAACAAGAGAAACACUUUUCAAGCCGUCCUUAUAACAGAUGGCUAUCUAUCGUUUGUAAUGUUCAAUUACAAUCGUAUAGAGUGGACGACUGGUAAAAAUAGCGAAGGCGAUGUUACGAGCGGUCUUGGUGGGGAGGAAGCACAGGCUGGAUAUAACGCUGAGUGCGGCAAUCGUUCAGAAGACGUUAUGGGGUCAGCCACUGAAGCGGUUAUUAAUUUAACAGAUUCGACAAAUGUCAACUUACCAGGGAGGCAUUUGUUUCAACUUACUGAACCCUCGGACACGGAGAGGCCAACCCCAAUAAAAACUGAUGAAGUGAGAGUGUUCCCUACCUCAGGUUCUAUGUUGGGGGGAGAGAGACUUGUGGUGUCUGGAGUUUGCUUCCCGAACUGUUGUUCUGUGAUAAAAGCCAUGUAUGUAGAGUGGAAUGUGACAUUCACCUGCCGCAAACUGAGCUGGGAGCGCGCUGAAUGUGUGUUGCCGUCGGUAUUCCGAAUCGGCAAAGUGACCUUGAGCUUUACUCAGGAUUCUUCCUUCACCUGUGAUAGACUAGUCUGUGGGCGGGACUUUAAUGUGUCUACGUCAUUUUCCAUUUAUAAUUUUAUCAGAGUUUCACCCAAAGUAGAACGUGUUGAUCCACAAAAUUGGCAGCUGAACAGGACAGUUCAGUUCAAGUGGAACGCGACAGAGUUCACAAACAACAGGACAGCGGUUGCUGUCCUGGGUUAUAAUUCAAGUAUUCCAGCUUGGGAGGUGUUGAAAGGUCUGCACUUCACAAAAUCAGAGUCGACCUCAGCACAGAUGAACUUGACAAUUCCUCCAGGGUAUAGCACCUGUAUCAUUAGGGUGGCAGAGCUUCUCCCAAACAAGUCAUUUGGACGGUUAAUAAGAUUACAAGACUAUGCUGCAAAGGCUAUCUGGUCUGAUAUUUUUCCCGUGUCGCAUGACCCUGAUUUCUCAAGACAGUGGUGUGAUCGGUGGAUAGAACGAGAACAGAGUUUGAAGAAACUCCCUCCUUCUCAACCCUGCCCAACCAUUUACAACCUAGCCAAAAAUGACAUUGCCCAUUUUCAAAUGGACCCAUUCUGUGAUUAUAGUGCCAAGUCCUCAAACCCAACUUGUAGUUACGCCAACAAAGUCAGAGCCUGCUUCAGACUUGUCUCUCCACUGGAAGGAGGUGAUCAAGUCUGCUGCUAUGGCAACAAUGGUGAUCUCAUGUCGGCUGAUGAUCUGUUUGGAUGGGGCACACAACAGCGCUACCAUUUUGAAAGCAGUGAUUCUGUACCCACUUUAGAAAAUUUUGAAGAGGACAUUUUGCCAGCUUUACAUUGUCGCUAUUUUAAUCAAGGUGAUAGGGAUUUGAGGCAGUCUUAUGAUAGUUUUCGGCCCAAGUCCACCACGAAGGGUUACUUGCCUCCCAAGCCAGCGCAGUGCGCAGGCGACCCUCAUCUUGUAACACUUGACGGGAAAAAGUAUACAUUUAAUGGGGUCGGGGAGUUCAUCUUCAUUCAGGACAGGGAGAAGAAGUGUGUGAUUCAAAUACGAACCACACAAGCCAAAGACAUAGACAAUAAUAAACAAAACGCCAGUAUUAUAGAUGCCGUAGUGAUGGGUGGAGAGGGCAAAAAACAAAUCCAAGUACAACGUAUAUCUCAGGGCAACCAGCACGUGGGUGUGUUGGUGGAGGGUGUGAAGCUUGACUUGGGCUCCGCUCAGGAUCUGCAUAUCAGUGGCCUUAGCUUAUCUGUCAGGAGACAGGGUACAGAAGUGUCAUCAGUUCUUGUUGUGUUCGACAAAGAAGGGCUGUCAGUGGAGAUAGAGCCUACGCCCUAUCUACUUAAUGUCCUUCUUAUUGUGGGCUCCAAACUGAAAGGGAAAUUAGAAGGGUUGCUUGGAAACUUCAAUGGCAAGGCUGAUGAUGACUUCAAGACGAGUAAUGGAACUGUGCUGGGUUCUGAACUCUCAGAUCAAGACAUUCACGAGAAAUUUGGGCCGUCUUGGGCAAUAACUCAGGAAGAAUCACUGUUCACAUACCCAGAAGGAAUGGGCACAGCCAACUUUACUGACCUCUCCUUUAAACCUUAUUAUCUUGAUGAUCUUAAGGGACAAUUCAGCGAAGAUAUAAUUAAAUUCUGUGGUUUGGAAAGCCCAGAGUGUCUUUUUGACUACCAGACUACCCGAAAUGAAGAAAUCGCCUCCCAAACCAAAAAAUUUGUGAAGUUUUUCGAAAAUAUCGUCAACGAGACCCAGCCAGUGACACGGUGUGACUUUCCCCCAGACAUGGAGAAUGCCACGAAAAACUUCACAGGUUUGAAGGAGAAUGAUGUGGUAGAGUACACCUGUUUAAAUGACACCGGCGAGCCUCACGUUCUCACCUGUUUGGCCAAUGGCUCUUGGAGCAGUGAUGAAGUUGUUUGUCGGAGAAAAGUCCAAGAGACAACAGAAGAAGGGCUGUCGGAAAUGAUCAUAGCUGUGGUAAGCGCAGCAGGAGCUGUUGUUCUCAUCAGCAUCAUCACUGUCGUUUGCGUGAUUCUGUGUAGACGAAAACCUAAGAGACGUCGGGAGCAACCAGAGCCAAUGGAUCUAACUGAAAUUCCCCCAUUUAACAUGUUCAACAAAGCCUUCCUCCAACAGCUGCAGAAAAUUACAGAAGAUGGUUCUUUCAAAAUCCCAAGGCCAUUCUUAGAGGAUCCAAAACUUUACGAAGAAUAUUUCUAGUCUUAACUGUACAUUAACACAUUUGUGUUGUUGAUGUUGUUGUUGUUGUGCUGGUCACACGGUCAGGUGGAUCUCAGGCAAGUCCCUUUGGAUACCUCAUUGUCCUGGAUGUGCCACAUGUUGGUAUGAGGCAGCCCACUUGCCACAGUUUGGCACAAGGCGGCCCACUUACCACAUUUUGGCACAGGGCGGCCCACUUACCACAUUUUGGCACAAGGCAGCCCACUUGCCAUAUUUUGGCACAGGGUAGCCCACUUACCACAUUUCAACAUGAGGUGACCCACUUGCCAUAUUUUGGAUCAUCAACGCUACCUGUUGGCAGAGUGAUUGAUGAGCUCCCUCAAGCUGGCUCUCGAGGGGCAGUAGUCAUAGUGCUACCAGUCAUGACAUAAUCAUUGCCAAAAAACAAGGAAGCAAGCAGACACGAACCAGAAUGAUGUCAGCUAAGGGAGGCAACCCUCAUGUUCCUGGGUGCAGCUACGGAUGCUCCACCAGUGCACCCUGAAGAGCUGUUGUAAUUUGUACAACCAAGUGAUGUGAGAGGUGUACUGCGCUACAUUUCAGUUUCGUGUGACACAUCAUUUCACUGGAUCACAUGAAAAAAUAAAGUUGUUAAGUCUCAGAAUUGUGGAGAUGAUUGGCUGCAGCAUUCCAGCUCAGCCCUGGUGAGAAGAAAAAAACCUUUACAAGACAUUUACACAAAAUCACCCGUGACAGACCUCUGAUCAGGGUGAUACUGUCGCGUGAGAUCAAUGCUGUUGUAAGAUGUGAAGUGUUGAGAGACUUUGGCGAGGUGCUAAAAGCAUUAAAAUGCAGAGUGUGAUUUCUUUAACUCUAAAAUCAUGAAGAUUCUUUCUAAAAUGCAAGUUAACGAUGGACCUGAAGAGCUGUUUGAAGGUUGACAGAGAAAUCCCAGGAAUCCAGUGUCCUCUCCAAGGAUUCGUCAUUUCAGUCUACAGCUCUUCAUUGCUGUUCUCAUUUGUAGUACUAUGGCUGGCUCAAUCCAAGUGGUUCCUUCAGAAACAAUGUGUGACUUGAAAUUUCCCAGCCAGUAAGGCAGGGUAUGUUGGUCACAGAAGGACAUUUAGUAUAAAAUGCCAAGCUGUGAAUGACACACAUUAUCUGAAAUAAGAUGGGAUUAGGAGCGAAAUUGUGGUCUUUUGUUAACACUGAACAUUGCCAUGAAAUGUUUUUCUGGGAUAAUGAAUGUUAAUAAUAAUGAAGAGCUGGCCGGUCUAGUCAAACCACACGGUAUCGGUAGUGGAAAAAUGGAUGUUGUCUUUCACAAAGAAUCUGUAUGAUAAAACCAGGUUUGCUCUAUAUAUCACAAAUUGUUUUUUUUUUUUGGUGCAGAUCAUUUUGUUUGUGUUGUUAGGACAGGUUUCCGAACUGUCAAGAGACAGUAAUGUAAUAAGGACAUGUCAUGACGCUUUGCUGUGGAGACCAUCACCAUUAUAGUCAGUGUAAUGUUAAAAUAUACAUUCAUGGCAUAAUAAGCUUUUCCUGGCGUUCAGAAUUUUUUCUUUAGCUUAAACUAUGUGCAAUUUUGCUACAGUCUUUAGCAUACCAUUUACUUUCCAUGCAAUUUUCCCCAUUUUUUAAAAAUUUUCAAAUUAUAUGACCUUUUUUUCAAAAAAAAAAAUUAUUAUUCAUCUAUAUAAUUAAUAAUUUAAAAUGUUUUCAAAUCAUAUUAUGACUGUAAAAUAUUUUAACUUGAAAAUAACACAUACAACAAUCUGUUGGGUCUUAUGUUAAUUUAGGCAUUCAAGUCUUACAGUUUUAAUUGAUUGUGUGUAAGGGUAGACCUGCUGUUCACUUUUUUUUACUGUCUGUUAUAUGAAAGUUAGCUCGCAUGGCAUUGUUUUGGAGUGCUAGUCAUUUAUUUUAUGAAAUAUUCGUGUUUUUCUGUGUUCUACAUGUAAUUGCCAUCUUUGUGGGCGUCUGAAAAAUCUUCUUGAAAAAGAACCCAAGUAGCAUACUGUUACAUUUAUACACAUUUGCAUUCCUGUAAAAAUUGUGCUUCACUACAGACGGAAGAUUUUGUGUCAGAAUUUGUGUCUAAAGAAAGUUGAAAUUUGGGUGUCAGAAGUGUGAUGUUGGUAACGUGGUGUGACUUAAGUGCCAUAAGAAGAAUUUCGGUUUCUGGUGUCAGAAGUGGGAUUUUAGUGUCGGUAAUUGAAUUCUUACUUAAGGAAUAAUGAGAUGUUAAAAGUCAAAAUUGGGAUUGUUGUGUCAAAAGUUGAGAAGGUGUAUGUGGUUUUUAGGGAGUUGAAAUCCUAGCAGGCACUGUAGUGACUCUAAUUCCCCUUCCUUUUCGCACGAACUGAGCAGCUUUCAGUGCAGUUUAUGCACGCUUAUGAUUUGAUUUUGGAUUGGUCAAUUUCAGGGCUUCACAAAAAGUACAACUUUAUCAGUCCACACAGAACAAUGCCUUCAGAAUAUGCUUGCAUAAACACCUGGCAAACAUGCGAAAAAGUUGAAGAAUUACAGUAAGUGAAAAACUGAUAACUGUAUCACCACUUCUUAUGUUCCAUUUCAUGAAACAUCACAAGAAUUAAUUUCCUUGUAUUAAACAGAAAUCAGGAAAGCUCAGAGUGACUGAUUAUUACAGUUUUAUGAAUGUGGAUCCUGAUCUCUAUAAAUCAUGGUAACCAUGGUAAUCUAAGCGACCGCCAUUAAAGCUAAAGUCGCAUUCUCACAUGGAGUCAUUUGUUGAUUAUCAGACAUUUUCCAAUCCCUAGAUUACAUAUGGCUGACAUGGAACAAAUAUCUUAGAAUAUGAUUUUUUAUGUAAGAUUCCUCAAUGUAAGACUUGACGAUCUAUUUUUUUUUUUUGUUAACUCGGCGAACAUUUGAUUGUCUUUUCAAGUAGUUCUCAGGUUUUUUUUGAUGUAGCUGAUGCAGAAAAUAGUGGUGGAUUGGUCAUACUGUUACUUAUGUAAGUUGUUAAAGUUUGACACUUAUUUGAAAUACUUACAAUCCACGUAAGGCUGUGAAUAAACAAAAAGUGCUUCUUGUAUGAAACCAUAGAGAUCAUGAUAUUUUCGUUUUAUCAAUUGUACUGUUCAUGCAAAUGUGGAUUGAUGUGCUUUUUUGUUUUUGGUGGGAUCACGAGUGUUCCAUUUUAUUACCUGUUCAUGUUUGAAAGUAGAAUUAAAGUGCUUAUCGAUGUUUGUAAUUCAUGUAAUGUUGACGUGAUAUAUCGAUGUAAUUUAAAGGUGAGAGUUGUGUGGCUGGUUGUCAGGACUUCAUACGAAUGAGGAUUUCACAAACGAAGGAGGAUUUCAUAGAGGAUGAGGAUUUGGUAUUUGUAUUUGUGUGUGGAAAUGAGGGAUUGUGAGGAGCCAAACAGCUAAUAUAUUUCACGGGGCUCGGUGUCUCAAAAAUUCCCAAGUAAUUUUGCUUCACCAUACUUACGCAAUUUAGGUUUUGGUGCCAUGUUUGACUUGUUCUUAUGUGAAACACUCCAUGUUGGAGUUAGGCAAUUUAUUGAACACGGAAGAAGAGAUGCAAAAAUCAAAUCGAGAUUCAAAAAUUUUGACAGACCUGAAUUUUUAUGCAUCAAGAAUAUAGGUGUUAAUUUGCAUAAUGUGUUAAUAAGAGUUUCUACAAUUUUUAAAAUCAAAUAAAGUAGAAAAGUGAAAUAUUCUGACAUUAAGAAAAAAAAGGUAAUUAUUUAAAGAAGUUUUCAAGACCAUAAGCACUGAAAUGAGAAAAAAAUGGCUUGUUUUGGCCCAAAAUUUUUACAAGGUUUUGGCCCAAAAUUCCUACAAGGCUUGAAUGAAUUUAUAUAGACAUUCUUAGAUGUCGCCCUUUUGAGUUUGUGUAAAAAAAAAAAAAAAAAGCUGAUUUAGACUUAAAAGAGCUCGUGAAAAGCCCCCUAUGGUUGUAUGUGUUCACUUGUGUGAAUUUUUGUUGAGCAUAUUUGAUUAGUAGUGGCUCUGUUCAUAACAGUGUACAAAUGUAUGUGAGUGAGCAUUAUUUGGGAUGCCAUGUAAUUUGUGGGCUCCAGGUUCAUAAUAAUGCAUGUUCAUCAUGUUCAAUGCUAAUGUAUAAUGCGAGUGAUACAAGGUCACAAUAAUGCAUAUCUGCAUUAUACUUGGCCACUUUAUAUAUAAUGUGUGCGUUUUACAGGUUGAGAGUAAUGCACAUGUGCGUUAUGUUAGGAGUCUUUACAAUGUGUGUGACAUAGGUUUCAAAUAAUGCAAUAGGUUUAUGUUUUAACACAGCUUUGUUAUCUACUGAGGGAAGGCCGACAUCCAUGUACAUAAGAUGUAUCUUUUUUUUUUUUUCCAAAGCACAAUCCAUAACAUUGGUCUGUGUUACAAUGUAACCUAAUCAUAUGAAGCAAUGCACAUCUGUAUAGUCACAUUAAUACUGUAGGUAUAUGACAGUGUGCCUAUAGGACAGUAUGUCUGCAUAAUGGAGCACUGUACUACAGACGUGUUUUUGUUUCGUCUUCGUAAUGUAAAUUUCAAACUGCUGACAGACAUUGUUUGGUUUUAUGAAGCGUUAACCUAUGCUCAGGCAGUCCCCUGCGUAGUUACCCUAGCUGAUCUGCUGUUGCCAUGGCAUCCAUCAUUCAUACUUAACAAGCCUCCAGCACUAAAGACUUCCAAAGUUCACUUCCAGUUCCAUAUGGCACAGCUUCAGAUUCAGCUGCUGGGCUGUUUGUUUCAUAUACUUCAGCAGUUGAAGACUCAGAAACUUUGUGCCACAAUUUCAUUAUAACCUACUUGACUUUGAUGAUAUCUAGUUUACUUAAAAAAAUCUUAGCAGUGUGGGCCUACAAACUACACAACAGCUGAUUCGACCUAUUUCAAUAUCUCAUUCCAUCCAGCCUUAAUAAAGAUGCUGAGUUUAUGUAAACCAAACUAUGUUUUAACAUUGGGUAAGGUGCCACAGAAAGGUGUGCAAAGUCAUUUCACACAUUAGGUAGCACAUAUGAAAAGUGUGCCAAAAUAUUUCAUAGAUUAACAGAUAUGUAUAGAAAAGUGUGCUACAACAAUUUCUCACGUGAUAUGUUGUAUUGAAAAGUGUGCCAAUAUAUUUCGUAGACAUUAAAGCAUUUCACAGAUGCAUAUGGAAAAUGUUUAGACACUUCGCACAUCAGUAUGAAAAAGAGUCCUAAGGUAUUUCCUCACAUUCAAUAUGGUUCAUAGAAAAGAUGUUGAUUCAUUUCACUCAUUAGCUGAGAUUGAUCACAGAUGUUACACUUUAAAAGUGUGCCAUCGUGCAUUAUACACAUUAAAGAGGAUGUCCUAGAAAAGUGUGCUAACCCAUUUCACUAGUAACAGAGGAUACUAUACAAAAGUGUGCUUUCACAUUUUAGAGAGGAUGUCACAUAAAAGUGUGCUUGCACAUAAAAAGAAUGCCAUAGACAAGUGUGCUAAUGCAUUUCACAUUAAAAAGAUGCCACACACAAGUGUGCUAACAUGUCACAUUAAAAUGCCGACAAGAUUGCUCACACAUUUCACCACACAAAGAUUCCAUGGAAAAGUGUGCUAACACAUUUCACAUUUUAGAGAGGAUGCGUGUUUCAGCUUCAGCUGGGGUUCUAUUAAUGGGACUAACUCGUUCUCCGGUGCAUGCGUGUCGUUUUUGUCAUGUCCUCCAACUGUACAAAGUGUACAAUGUGUCGUACUGUAAUAUUUAUACAGAUAAAUUGUUUUAUAUUUUAGCUGUGUGAAUAUAUAUAUUUUGUGAAAUAUGUCAAAAGCCGAAACUAGUCGACACUUGGCUUGGCACAGAUGAAGUUGUUUCCCAUUGUAAAUGAUAACGGAAGAUAAUAAACACCAAAACCCUCAUCAUGACUCUUUGUUCUUGUGUGUGUGUAAAUAUGGAGAAACCCUGGUGACAUCACAGUUCACCUGGUUAUUGAAAUCCUGG